AUGGGCCUCUUCUCCAGCCUCACGCAGCCCUCGGUCGCCGCGCCGCUCGCGCCCGUGCCGCACCCCAUCGGCGUGCUGCCGGCCUUCUGCCAGCACCAGCAGCAGAUGGCGCUCAAGAUCCGCGAGCAUAAAGUCUCGCUGACCGGCGACGACUUUUCCAUCAAGGACGCCAUGACGAACCAGACGAUCUUCAAGGUCGACGGCAAGGCGCUGAGCCUGAGCGGGCGGAAGGACGUGCUCGACGCUUCGGGCACCAAGCUCUUCCAGGUGCGCAAGAAGCACAUUGCCAUCCACACGACGUACCAGGGCAUCGGCGCCAACGACGAGGUGCUUUUCACUGUCUCGAGCCGCAUGUCGCUCGGCACUAAGCUCGAGAUCAAGGUGCUCGUGCUCAAGGGCGACUUCUUCGACCGCAACGCCACGAUCACCACAAAGGAGGGCGUGCCUGUCGCGUCGAUCGGGCGCAGCUUUGCGAACGCCGGCCAGGUACUCUUUGACAAGCAGACGUACAUUCUCAACGUCGCGCCGGGCGUCGAUGCCGCGCUCAUGGUGGCCGUUGCCAUCUGCCUCGACGAGAAGGCCAACGAGACGAACUGA